CUCUGCUCUGCUUCCUGCUGUCACAUUAGUUGCGCUCUGGUAUCGUUUCACAUAAAACUUUAGCAAUAUCUCAGCGACAUGCAAAGAAAGAUGUUCUGGCUCAUCCUGUUGGUGGGAUUUUAUACCAUGGAUAGUGUGACCCAAGUAAACUGUAAACCCACUGGUUGUUGGGGUGACUGCAACAACUUUAAAAAUCGAUCAGUUGCAAAAACUGAAUGCUGCAUGAAAAGGUACAGCCAAGGGAUAACAGAGUGGAACAUUUUCAAGGCAACUCAAAUACUUGAAAGCAUUCUGGAGGAAACGGAGGUGAACCAUACCACAAACAUUUCUGUUCCGUCUUUAGUGGCUCUCUUACAGAAGCCGCCUAACGACUCCAGGAGUAUUGAGAUAUAUGCCAACAGCACUCAGGCGACAUCAGACGUAGACGUGUCCAACAGAGCGGUGAGAGUUCAGCUGCCGGCAGAGCUGCAUGCUGGACUGAACAGUAGCAUUGUGUUCUGCAUGAUCCAGAUGCCAGGCAAUAUUUCACUGCCAGACUUGCAGAACCUGUCCGAUAACAGGCUCGUUGGCGUCAGCGUCGGCAGGAAUGUCGCCGGACUCAAGCAACGCAUCAACAUCACUAUGAGCAUUGCAUCAGCCAUAAACGAAUCCCUGAGACCCGAGUGUGUGUUCCUAAAUACAACAUCUGGUAACGUUAGCUCACAGGGCUGUGAAAUGGUGGAAUCCACCCCGACGUACAUCACCUGUUCCUGUGACCAUCUCACAUACUUUGGUGUGCUCCUGGUGUCUGUAGACGUCCCACCCAAAGACGCUGAGAUCUUGUUCUACAUCACCUACAUCGGCUGUGGUAUCUCUCUGCUUGCUCUGGUCGUCACUGUUGGUCUCUUCAUCACAAACAGAAAACUCAGAGGAGACGAUUCCAAGAAGAUCCACAUCAGCCUGGCAGUCGCUCUGAUCCUUCUCAACGUUCACUUCCUCUCCAGCCAGGCGGCCGCAACGUCGUCCUCCACCGAGCUUUGCCGUUACGUAGCUCUUCUUCUUCACUACUCCCUGCUGGCCUCUUUUACAUGGAUGGGCUUGGAAGGCUUCCACCUCUAUAUCCUAUUGGUCAAAGUCUUCAACAUCUAUGUGAAGAGAUACCUGCUGAAACUCAGUGUGGUGGGAUGGGGUCUUCCAGCGGUCAUUGUGUCAGUGGUGGUGAUCAUAAACAAAGACACAUACGGUCGUACCUCUGUGGACUCGUCCAAUACUACUGAAGUCUGCUAUAUAACCGAUGACAAUGUGAAGAUGGUGACCACGGUGGGAAUGUUUGUCUUGGUGUUCAUCUUUAAUGUGAUCAUGCUUGGAGUGGUAAUCAAAUGGUUCAUGGGGCUGUACUUUCACAAACAGCGCAGACAGAGUGAACGAAAUGCAGCCAAGAAUAACAUUUGCACGCUGCUGGUCCUCAUUGUUCUGCUUGGUCUGACCUGGGGCCUGAUCUUCUUCUCUCUGGGCCAAGUGAACACUCCUGUCCUCUACAUCUUCUGCGUUGUGAACUGUCUUCAAGGUUUCUUCAUCUUCUUUUACUUUGUGUUGACUCUGAAAAACACCAAAGACUCAGCUACCAUGCAAAGCACUGAUAUAUAGAGUCACAGCCCCAAAACCUGAACCAAGAGGAGGGGCAAUAUGUUUGGGGGAUUUUCACUCUAAUGCUACUUCAGAUCUUGUUUUU